CGACAGCUAGAAUCCAACCUGUUAAUCAUGUGUUAUUGUGAUGAAUGAAUGAGAAACAUUUAACUUUGCCUAAAAAAAAGUUUCAUUCAAAAACCUGUUUCAUUUCUUGAUACGAAAGACGUGAAAGUAGUUGAAAACCGCGCACAAUAGAAAACGAACAACAACAAUCACACGAAGUGAGUUGAGCUGAGAUUUAACUAACGCGAUUGCUUAUCACCAUUCUCAUCGCCGCUAAAACCCUAAUCAAGUUAUGGCGGUGGCGAAUGACGGCGCCCCGCUCGGAUCCUCUGUAAUUUCACUGGUCAACAAACUUCAAGACAUCUUCAGCCGUGUCGGAAGCCAAUCCACCAUCGACCUCCCUCAGGUAGCAGUUGUCGGCAGCCAGAGUAGUGGCAAGUCUAGCGUCCUCGAAGCUCUCGUCGGCCGUGACUUCCUCCCCCGUGGUAACGAAAUCUGCACUAGAAGACCUCUUGUUCUCCAACUCGUUCACGUUCAAUCUUCCCAACCUGAAUCCGCCGAGUUUCUUCAUUUACCUGGGCGUACCUUCCAUGAUUUCUCCCAAGUCCGUGCUGAAAUUCAGGCUGAAACUGAUAGAGAAGCUGGAGGGAACAAAGGUGUUUCUGAUAAGCAGAUUCGUCUCAAAAUUUAUUCUCCUAAUGUUCUUGAUAUCACCCUUGUGGAUCUCCCCGGUAUUACCAAAGUUCCUGUUGGUGAUCAACCUUCCGAUAUUGAAGCUCGAAUUAGAACCAUGAUCAUGUCCUAUAUCAAAGUUCCCACUUGUCUCAUUCUUGCUGUUACUCCUGCUAAUUCAGAUAUGGCUAAUUCUGAUGCUCUUCAAAUGGCUGGAAAUGCUGAUCCUGAUGGUCAUAGAACGAUAGGUGUCAUAACCAAGUUGGAUAUCAUGGACAGAGGCACUGAUGCUCGGAAUCUGUUAAAGGGAGACAUUAUUCCCCUCCGACUUGGUUAUGUUGGUGUUGUGAAUCGGAGCCAGGAGGAUAUUAUGAUGAAUCGGAGUAUAAAGGAUGCUCUUGCUGCUGAAGAGAAGUUUUUCCGCAGUCAUCCUAUAUAUAGUGGUCUAGCUGAUAGUUGUGGCGUUCCUCAAUUGGCAAAGAAAUUGAACAAGAUUCUUGCACAACAUAUCAAGGCUGUGCUACCAGGGCUGAAAGCACGUAUAAGCACUUCACUAGUCACUCUUGCAAAGGAACAUGCAAGCUAUGGAGAUAUCACAGAGUCCAAGGCUGGGCAGGGCGCACUUAUCCUUAAUAUUCUUUCAAAAUAUUGUGAUGCUUUCUCCUCCAUGGUAGAGGGGAAGAAUGAGGCGAUGUCUACAUCUGAGCUAUCAGGUGGAGCACGGAUUAAUUACAUUUUUCAAUCCAUAUUUGUGAGGAGUUUAGAGGAAGUGGAUCCGUGUGAAGACUUGACUGAUGAUGAUAUUCGUACCGCGAUACAGAAUGCAACUGGACCUAAAGCAGCACUGUUUGUUCCAGAUGUUCCAUUUGAAGUCCUUGUACGAAGGCAGAUAUCUCGGCUAUUGGAUCCAAGUCUUCAAUGUGCCAGGUUUAUAUACGAUGAGUUAAUGAAGAUCAGCCAUCGCUGUAUGGUGACUGAACUGCAGCGAUUCCCUUUCUUGAGAAAACACAUGGAUGAAGUUAUUGGGAACUUUUUACGAGAAGGCCUUGAACCCUCAGAGACUAUGAUCACACACAUCAUAGAAAUGGAGAUGGAUUACAUAAACACUUCCCACCCAAAUUUUAUUGGUGGAAGUAAAGCAUUAGAAGCUGCAGUUCAACAGACCAAGUCUUCUACAGUUUCUCUGCCAGUUUCUAAAUUGAAGGAUGCUUUGGAUUCUGAUAAAGGAUUAGCUUCUGAAAGAAGUGGAAAGCCUCGAGCUAUUCUUGCAAGACAUGCCAAUGGAGGAAUGGCAGAUCAUGGCGUGCGUGCUGCAUCAGAUGCUGAUAAAGUAGUGCAUUCAGGAGCUGCUGGUGGAUCUAGUUGGGGGAUCUCAUCUAUUUUUGGUGGAGGUGAUAAUCGUGUGUCUGUGAGGGAGAAUACAAAUAGUAAACCUCAUUAUGAUCCAGUUGAGAGUGUGCAUCCAUCCUCUACAAUUCAUUUGAGAGAGCCCCCCUCUGUCUUGAGGCCAUCUGAGAGAAGUUCAGAGACACUAGCUGUUGAAAUUACAGUAACAAAGUUGCUUUUGAGGUCAUAUUACGAGAUUGUCAGAAAAAAUGUCGAGGAUCUUAUUCCUAAGGCGAUUAUGCACUUCUUGGUAAAUAACACUAAGAGAGAGCUGCACAAUGUCUUCAUCUCAAAUCUAUACAGAGAUGAUCUUUUUGAAGAGAUGUUGCAAGAGCCUAAUGAGAUAUCCGUUAAAAGAAAGCGCUGUCGAGAACUGCUCCGAGCUUAUCAACAAGCUUUUAGGGACUUGGACGACCUACCUCUUGAAGCUGAAACAGUUGAAUGGGGACACAGUUCGCCUGAGACAACUGGCUUGCCUAAAAUUCGUGGAUUACCAACUUCUUCGAUGUAUUCUACUGGCAGUUCAGGAGACAGUGUCUGAUAAGUUUGUAUGUUGUUACAAGACCCGGAAGUAUAAGAAGUCUUAACAUUCUGGUUCAAAUGAAAAUUGAGGGAUAUACAUGUCAGGUUUUGAUCCCAUGGCUGACACAAAUGAGUGCUGGUCAUGUUUAUUGGCUAAGGGAAUCGACUAACACUCAGUAUUUAGUCUAUACGUUUGUGCUUCUGCAAAUUUUGAGGGCUUGGAGCUGGAGUGCAUUCAAUUACUACUUUCCUUUCUAUUCUCACAUAGCGUUGCCAUUAUUUUUUCAGGCUCCAGAACGAAUAACAGGAGCGGAUGAUCUUUCACAUCCUUCAUUAUAUUCAUGUAUAUUAGUAUUACCAUUUUUGUUUUUUUUGGGAAGACAGAUAUUGUUCAUAGGAGCUUUCCAGGCAUUUUUUUUCUCAAUGGCAGACUUGCAUAUCUCAAAUGGCUGCUCAAAAUGAUUUUUGGAAUUCAUUUUUUCCAUUAUUGAUUUUUCCCCCUCAA